AUGGAACAGCGAAAUGCACCAGAGUUUAAAGAUGAUAUGAAAAUGGAAGAAGAUUGUGUCCUACCAGAGUUGAUAAAGACAGAGAUCAAGAAAGAGGGCCUGGAAGAUUGCAACUUACCAGAAUUGAUAAAGACAGAGAUCAAGAAAGAGGGCCUGGAAGAUUGCAACUUACCAGAAUUGAUAAAGUCAGAGAUCAAGAAAGAGGAAGAUAAUCUUGUUAUUAAAACAGAAAGGUAUUCGAAUCCUACUUCUCAGAUGCAUUGUCCCAUCCAAGAAUCAGCAUUACCUUGUCAACAGUUGGUUCAUACUGAUGAAAAGACUUACAAGACUGAAUGUUCGUACAGUGCAAGCAAAACAACAGCUUUAGUUCUACAUCAACAGAUUCAUACUGGUGAAAAAACUUAUAAAUGCUCUGAAUGUUCCUACAGUGCAAGCCGAAAGAGAGCUUUAGUUUUACAUCGUCGGACUCAUACUGGCGAAAAAAUGUACAGCUGCUCUGAAUGUUCCUACAGUUCAAGCCAAAAAUCAGCUUUAGUUUCACAUCGACGGACUCAUACUGGUGAAAAGCCAUAUAAAUGCUCUGAAUGUUCCUACAGCGCAAGCGUAAAACCAAAUUUAGUUCGCCAUCAGCUGAUUCACACUGGUGAAAAACCUUACAAAUGCUCUGAAUGUUCCUACAGCUCAAGCCAAAAAUCAGCUUUAGUUUCACAUCGACGGACUCAUACUGGUGAAAAACCAUAUAGUUGCUCUGAAUGUUCCUACAGUUCAAGCCAAAAAUCAGUUUUAGUUUCACAUCGACGGACUCAUACUGGUGAAAAACCAUAUAAAUGCUCUGAAUGUUCCUACAGUGCAAGCAACAGAUCAAAUUUAGUUUGCCAUCGGCGGACUCAUACUGGCGAAAAGCCAUAUAAAUGCUCUGAAUGUUCCUACAGUGCAAGCCGAAAGAGAGCUUUAGUUUUACAUCGUCGGACUCAUACUGGCGAAAAAAUGUACAGCUGCUCUGAAUGUUCCUACAGUUCAAGCCAAAAAUCAGCUUUAGUUUCACAUCGACGGACUCAUACUGGUGAAAAACCAUAUAGUUGCUCUGAAUGA